AUGAUAAUUGACGGCGAGAAGUUUGCCUGUGAGGCUUGCGUGCGCGGCCACCGCGUCAGCAACUGUCAACAUUCAGGUCGUCCUCUUCAACACAUUAACAAGAAGGGCCGUCCCGUCUCGCAAUGUGCGCACUGUCGCUCGCAGCGCAAGUCCCGGUCCGCUCACAUCAAGUGCGAUUGCGGCGAGAAGACGAGCAAGUGCAUUCACCUGCAACCGCCCGUGGACGGACACCUUGGUGAGUUUUACAGCUUUACAGAAUACGAGGCUGCGUGUCCUCCUCCACAAGCUCCCGGUUCUAAUCUGUCAUCAUGUCAUGCAGAGACGUGCUGCUGCAACCAUGGCGGACGAUGCACCUGUGCCGGGAAGAAGGACGUGGCACUGGACACGGUCCCGGAGUCCGAUUCGGAGGGCGAAAUGGCAAAGGCUGCCACACUGCCUCCUCGACCUGUUCCAAGGCGGCGACGGGCCAACACGAUUCACUCGUCCGACAUUGGCGGAUUGACCUUUGACCAGCACGGCCACCACAAACCGGCCAAGCACAACCGUGCCUCACAAAAGUGCGGGCCGUAUCAGCUCAACAGGGUCAACUCGGCCGCCAGCGCCGGAAGCCUUGGCACCAGCACCGACAACCUCCUCUAUCAAGCACAGAACGAGGGUCACGCGUCGUUGCAGCACAGCUUCCUCGCCCGGGAACAGCGACUGGUCAAGUCGGAGGCGACGUCCCCUCUCAUGUCUGCCUCUACCUUUUCGCAGCUCAACGGCAAUCUGCCACCCCUCGAUCUUUCCAGCAUCUCGAACUACUCCACCUAUGCCGGCAGCACCAGCUUUGACCUGUUUUCCAGCGGCCUCCCGGAUGGCGACGGGCCCAUCAUGAGCGCGAGCCUGGCGCAGUCGGUCGACUGGAGCCACCUCGACCUGAGGGAAGCAAACGGCGAGAGCUUCACCCCCUCGAGCUACAGCCAGGCCGGCACGCAGUUCACCGGCCAGCUCGAUUUCGGCAGCGGCUCCGAGCAGCUGCCCAAUUUGGCCGGCACAAGGUCCACGUCCGGCGAUGUCUCCGAAGUGGAAGAUUUCAUGCCCGGCGGCGAGGGCGACUUUGAAGGAUUUGCCACCAGCAGCAGCUUCCUCCGACCAAACGUCGACCUGGCCAGCCUCGACUACAGCCUCUUCGACAAGGCCGACAACCAGGCUCUCACCGGCGACUUCUCCACGGUCGAGGACGACCCCGCCUUCUACAUUCCCAACUACAGCGGCAACGUCGCCGCGGUAGAGGAGAACACCGAUACGCUCGGCGCUGGCUCAUUAGGCGGCUACUGGGAAAUGUGA